AUGGUGUCCGUUGCAUACAUGGAUCCCGGCAACUAUUCCACGGCAGUUUCGUCAGGUGCUGAUUACGAGUACAGUUUAUUGAUUAUCAUUUUCCUCAGCAACUUGUUCGCUGUUGUUUUGCAGUGCCUUUGUGUCAAGUUGGGUACCGUGACCGGACUCGAUUUGGCGGAGAUGUGCAGAUUAAAUUUGCCCUGGUGGCUCAACUUGUUUUUGUACGCCUGUGCUGAGAUCGCCAUUAUCGCGACCGAUUUGGCAGAAGUUGUGGGAACUGCUAUCGCUUUAGAGAUCCUUUUUGGCAUUCCCUUGUUUAUGGCGUUCUUAUUACUGUUUUAG